AUGCCAUCAUCCAUAACACUCCGUCGUCCAAAUCUUCCUAUUAAACCCUCAAUUCGGAGAAGGGCGCAAAUCAACCAUUUUAGAAGUCAUUCAACACCUGAGGGGCGCCUUAGCGAAAAAGUCUUUUACCGACCUUAUUAUUAUUUGCCCGGCUGGAAGGUCAUUAAGGUUGUUAAGCUCCCGAGGCGCGCCGUAGCGAAAAAGUCUUUUCCCUCAGGAGCUUCCAUCCUUCAACAGAUUGUAGCUUUCUGGCAACUACAAUGUAAGUCUCCUACCGGGGUGGUUCAGUUCGGUGCUCAUGAUGAUGAUGACUUAUCCGAUUUAGGAGAAGUCCAUUUCAGUGAUGACGGAUUGAAACGACUUUUGGGGUCUCAGAAAGUCUCAUCCCCUAAAAAUUUAGAAGUAAAAUUGAUCGCUGAAAAAGGCACAGUUGUCUUCGUUGGACAUGAUGCGAGCGCCCGACGCUUAAAUUGUAUGAACAACGAUUAUUAUUAUACCCGUCAAGUAUUUUAUCCAGAGGUCUUUAAUUUUGAGAAGACCAACUCUCCCGUUCUGGAGUCAAACUUUGUUAAUAUUAAAUCAUUUAUUUGGGUGAGAUAA